AUUAUUUAAGUAAAAUAACCAUGGUUAAUAAGUCCAGGCUUAUUUAUAUCAGUCACUUUCUAUCGACAUGGAGCGACCGAAUGUGGAAAUUUGCGGCUGCUCUGUUUCUAAUGGACCUGGCAUCGGAUAGUCUACUUCUGCCGGCAAUCUACGGACUGUCAUUAGCGGGGUCGGUUUUGAUAUUGGGGCCGAUGAUUGGAAACAUGAUAGACCGAAGCAGACGACUCCCCGCUGCUCGUGUUGGAGUCAUCUCACAAGAUCUCGCAAUUGUUGCUUGUGCUGCAGUUUUAUUGGUGAAUAAGCUUGCAGUUGUGCCGGGAGAUUGGUAUUUACUAUUUUCAAAAAUAGCAGCUGUUAUUCUAGGCUCCAUAGCACAUUUGGCUUACACUGCUAACCGAAUUAUCAUUGAAAAAGAUUGGAUUGUGGUCAUAGCCGACGGAGACCAAGCAUUACUGACAAGAUUGAAUUCAAUGCUCCGAAGAAUCGAUCUAUUCACAAAACUCAUUGCUCCAAUGGUCUGUGGUCAGAUAAUUACACUGUUAUCAAUGACUUUCGGGAUAGCUUUUGUGGCAGGGUGGAACUUGAUUUCAAUGAUCAUAGAGUACAUAAUGUUGCAAAUCGUUUACAGAAACACUCCGGCGCUUGCUCGUAAGAAAAUUCUUCAACCUAUCAAGGACGAAUCAGACACUGUUUCAUCUGACGAUAAGGCACCUCUGCUAGAAUCGGCCUCAGGGUCAUAUACGGAUUCUGUUGAAGAACCGCCUGGUAACGACUCAGAUGCUGAUGACGAGACACUAAUUUCAUCGCACCCAAAAAAUGAAAAAGCCGGUUACGGUUCUACAGACAACACCACAACCAAGAAACCCUCAGAUCAAUCCUCUUCUUGGUGGAAAACUGCAUUCUAUUUUAUAAUCAUUAUUCCUAAGGGGUGGGGAAUCUUUAUGUUCCAGUCAGUCGCACUCGCUGGAUUGGGACUUUCCUGUCUUUAUAUGACUGUGCUCGGAUUUGAUUCGAUAACUGUUUCCUACGCUUAUAACCAGUGCUUUAGUGAAUUUUUUGUCGGUCUUCUCAUGGGUGCCAGUGCAAUUACUGGAAUUAUCGCGACAUUUGCCUUUAUACCCGUGUGUAAAAAGUUUGGGUUAAUCCGCACUGGUCAGUUUGCAUCUGUGACACACAUCAUUACCUUGGGACCAUGCGUUUAUUCCGUGUUUGCCCCAGGAAGCCCAUUUUUUCUUCUUCCUCAAAAUCAACAUGAUAUAGUCUCUACUACAGCUUCAUUCGAACCUCCAACAAGGCCUGCUUUGGGUUCUCGUAAUUUCGGAGAAGAUUUCUUUGGGACAACUAAUUCAAGUUUAUUUCUCAAAUGUAUGGACGGCGUUGACCCACCAUCAUCCUAUUUAUCUUUAUCGAUGCUUAUGGCAGGUGCAGUUCUGGCUAGAAUAGGUCUUUGGACUUUUGAUUUGUCGGUUACACAGCUCUUCCAAGAACAAGUAGUCGAGGAAGAAAGAGGUGUCGUGAACGGCGUUCAAAGUUCUAUCAACAAUUUUAUGGAUAUGAUUCACUUUGUUUUGGUAAUUGCUCUUCCACAUCCGGAUCAAUUCGGACUUCUCAUUUUGAUUUCGGCAUUCUUCAUUAUUAUGGGACACUUUUUGUAUGCAAUAUACUCUCGAAAAUACGACAAACAUUUUUGUCUUUGUCGGUAAAUAUUAUAAUUUCGAGCCGUCGCAAGUUGCAAAAUACCAACAUUCUAAAUCGGGACGAGAGGCGACUGUUGUCCCGGACUUUAAUUAACACCCAUAUUUCACGGUUAUUUUAUUCUAUCUUGCAUUAUUAUCGUGCAAAUGAAUUUUUUAUAUCGGAUUUUUGCAAUUAAGUUAAUAUUUGUAUAUUUUUAAGAUGUUUAUUUACAGUGGAAUGAAACUUAUAGUUAUGGA